AUGCUUAAAUUCUUUCGGCAAGCCGACCCUGAGAUGAAGCACAUUUCUAGGGCUGCAGAGGUUUUCCAAAAGACUCUUCGUGUCCUAAAGAAGAAAGUGAAACAGAGAUAUAAUCAGGAGCUCACAACACCCGCUAAAGAAAAGCUGUUGUCAUGGAAGCAUUUGAAGCUGAUUGCAGAGCUGUCGAAAUGUCCUCCUACAACAAGUCCAGCCACCUGUCGGUACUCUCAUCUCCACAAGUAUCGACUGAUAUCAGGACUCUGCAACAACAGGCAAAAUCCUCGCUGGGGAGCAGCCAACACCGCCUUGGUCAGAUGGCUACCAGCUGAAUACGAAGAUGGGGAGAGCGAACCAAAAGGCUGGAACCCAGAACGGCUCCAUAAUGGAUUCCAACUUUCCCCGGCCCGGACAGUCAGCAGGGAAAUAAUGACGAGUGCUUCUAAAUGGAAAGAUGAUUCCUAUUCUCAGCUUCUGGUGGACUGGGGCCAGUAUAUAUCCCAUGACAUAACCCUGACGCCUCAAAGCACCAGCACUGAUGGGUCAGAUGUGGACUGUCUAAAAACGUGUGAAAAUGUGCAUCCGUGCUUUCCCAUUCAGUCUGGUAUAAGACAAGCCCUGCAGCGACAACAGCUCAAUGCCAUGACUUCAUUCAUUGAUGCUUCUGCUGUCUAUGGCCACAAUCAAAAGCUGGAGAGCUUCCUUCGUGACCUUCCUGGCCGUAAUGGAAAACUUGCUGUCAAUGACCAAUUCAAAGAUCCAAAAGGAAGGCCUUAUCUCCCAUUCGUAACCAAGCUGCCAUCAGCCUGCCACCAAGAUCUGCAAGGAGAAAGAGUUGAAUGCUUCAGUGCAGGAGACAGCCGGGUCAGCGAAGGUCUGCCUCUGACUUGUUUGCACACGCUGUGGCUCAGAGAACACAAUCGGAUUGCAGAUGCACUGAAACACAUAAACGGUCACUGGAGCCCAGAGAUGAUAUACCAAGAGACUCGUAAGAUUAUAGGAGCACUGCACCAGAUCAUAACCCUGAGAGACUAUGUUCCAAAAAUUAUUGGUCCAGAGUCCUUUAAACAUUACAUUGGUCCCUACAGGGGGUACGAUCCAUCUGUGGACCCCUCUAUCGCCAACGUGUUCGCCACAGCCGCAUUCAGGUUCGGCCAUGCAACCAUCUCCCCAAUCCUCUGGAGACUGAAUGAGAGCUUCCAGGAGGAUGAGCGCUUCCCCCACUUGAGACUGCACAAUACUUUAUUCAGUCCAUGGAGAAUAGUCAAAGAAGGGGGGAUUGAACCAGUCCUGAGAGGCGUAAUUGGAUCUGCAGCGUCAGCUGUUAGCACAGACAUGCUGUUGGCUGAUGAAGUAACAGAGAGGCUGGUGGUCCUUGAUACACUGAAGCACAUGGACCUGGCUGCGCUGAACCUGCAGAGAGGACGAGAUCACGGCCUCCCAGGAUACAAUGACUGGAGGGAAUUCUGUGGAUUGCAGCGUAUUAAGACAUUGGCUGAUUUGUCACUGGUUGUGGGAGACUCCCGGGUUGCUAAGAGAAUACUUGACCUAUACAAACACCCCGACAACAUCGAUGUAUAUCCAGGAGGACUUGUUGAAAGGCUUUUGCCUGGCUCAAGAACUGGUCCUCUCUUUGCUUGCCUGAUUGGAAGGCAGAUGAAAGUGCUCCGUGAUGGUGACAGAUUUUGGUGGGAAGCUGAUGGUGUGUUUACCCAGCAACAGAAGGAGGAACUUUUAAAAUUUUCUCUAUCCCAUCUGAUCUGUGAGAAUAGCGACAUAGCGGAAGUUCCUCUUGAUCCGUUCAGAUUUGGGAAGUACCCAUCUCAUUUUGUCUCCUGUGAUCAAAUACCCUCAAUGAAUUUGGAAGCUUGGAAAGAGGAAAUGGGAGAAGACUUAAAACGGUGUGGCCUUCCUAAACAGAUCAACAAUGGAGAUUAUAUCUUGUCCUCUACAUCUGGAAAACUGGUUGCUCUAUACUCUUGUUACCAUGGUUUCACAUUAAAUGGUGCUGCUGUCAUAGUUUGCAUGGGCAAUCGAUGGUGUAAUCAACCUCCACAAUGUAACAGGGAAUCACCCCUAAGAUGUUAGCGAUGCAACAGAACGGGAAUUGCUUCAUGGGUUUAUAAUCAAGCUCACAUGACAUUACUGAUUUUUCUUUGAUUUUAUUAUCUGCAACAUUUAACUCUGGAAAAAAUACUAAUAUUUAUGUAGUUAUAUAUGUAAACAUUUCUCUUCAUGCAUGUGUUUUUUAAUUUUUAUUUCACA